AAAGACCAGAGUGAUCAAACUCGAAGGUAGGUGACACUGCAAAAAGUUCAAACCUUCAAUCACAUUGAAUGUAGAGAGAGGGAGAGAGAGUCCAUUGCAGAGCCUCAUUGCACACUCCCAGACUCCAUACCCGAAUGUGGCAAGCUCUCUUGGCCGCGGCCGUUGCUGGAUCCACCGGCAUAGUCGCCAAGCACCUCUUCAAGGCCACCCCUGAUCCCACUACUCUCGCCACCGAGAAACCAACCAUUAUUCACGAUCACGAGGAGGAUGAGGAUGAGAGCCAGGGAAUCCAGUUUUUGGGAUCUUCUGGUCAUCUGGGUUUGUCUCAUGCGAGCGCUUAUGUAUGUGAAGAUGGGAUCUUUAGGUUUUCCAGUAUGGAGGUGAAUGGGGGUCGAGUUGGUUCGAAGAAAUUGAGUAAGAAAAGUAGGGUUUUAGGUCGUCAGUUGAAGAAAGGAGUUGGGUUUGAGAGAUCUGAUGGUUUGGAGCAGAGGAGGAGUGUGAGGAGGUUUGGUGUUUGCUUAAAGAGAAGGAAGACUAGCAAAAAAGUAGCUGGAAAGAAUGAAACCUAUUCUUCUUCUUCUUCUAAUGAUACCUCCUUAUUUGGAUGGGGACUUGGGGUUGGGAUAAUGUACAUGAUGUCAGCUGGGAGAGUCGAGUUCAGUAAGCUAAAUACAGCAAUGAGUGAGACGGCAAAGGUUGUUGAACAGUUAAAAACAGAGAUUCAUAAAAGGAAAUUUUCUCCAAAUCUUGAAGUUGCAGGUGGUGCAUGUGAGGUCAUUUCUAACCACAAUGAUUCUCACCCAGACCUUAACAAGUCAAGCAGAAUUGAACAACUUGGCCCUAAUGACAUCAACAACUUCAAUCCUAUGAUCAUUGAUGGUGAAUGUGGAAGUAGUGCUCUUACAGAAGAACCUGAGCCAGGGGUGCAGGAAAUGGAUCAACUGGAAAAGGAGCUUGAAUUCGAACUACAAAAACUUCCAUGGUGCACUGUAGAAGCUUCCGACUUUGAGGAUUCAAUAGAUCUGGUUGAGACCGAAAUUUCAGCUCAACUGUUCCCUGCUGAACAAGAGAGACAAGAUUCUGGAAUUUUGCCAGUAGAGCUCGAUCAGAAAUUGUGUCAUUUGCUUAUUGAACGACAGGAAAACCCAAUAGAGGAACUGGAAUCUGAAUUGCAUGUGGCCCAAAGCAAACUUCAUGAGAAAGAAGCUGAGCUCCAAGCACUGAAGGACUGUGUUAAGCGCCUAACACAGUUUUCUAUUUCAUCUUUAUCAGAUGAUGAAACCGAGACAGAAGCUGAACAAGAGCAGACCCUUGAUUGGAAUCACAAGAAGGUUGGAUCUGAGUCAAAAGAACCAGGAGUUGGGAUGAAAAGACCUCUUGAUUCAAAUAUCGUGAAAUAUAACAUUAUUUCAUAAGUGGACACAAAGCAGGGUAAAAUGUUCGGUAAUAAAUUCCAUUAGUGCUCUGGUGGUUGAUUGUGCCCUUGGUGUUGGGACAGAUGAGACUUGAGAGGGAAAGGUGGUGCCUACCAGUGGGUCAGGGUUGUGGUAAGUUUUUCUUUCCCAAAUCUAUAAAAAUGGUGGGAAUGAUGACCCCCCAGUGACCCAGAUGUAUGAUCUUUUGCUGGAAAUUAUAUACCGGUAAUUGUUCUUUUUUUGGUGUAUCAUAUUGAUAGAAGAAGCACAAAAACUCUUUUUGUAAUAAUGUAGUUUCUUUACUGUAGUAUUGCCAUAAUCUGAUAUGAUAAAGAUGGCACAUAUGUAAUGUAUUUGACAAAUAUUUCAUUUAUAUGAACCCCAAUCAUCAAUGUAAAUUAUAAAGCUAUAUUUGUGAGGCAAAUUCAGAAAGAGGAUUGGA